AUGGCCUGCAUCGCAUCCCAAACCCUCGCGAUCGGCGCGAACGAUCUCGGCGCGCGGCGACUGCACGCGCGCGUCGCGAAGCGCGCGACCGCGCCGGGCCACGCGGCUUCCCGCCUAAACCACGUCGGAGGAAAAACGAACGUGAUCUCCGCGCCCGCGGUGACGGUCGACGCCCCGACCGCGGACGCGCCGACGACGACGAAGAAGACCGCGCGCCCGCCUUCGGAGAUGAAACACUGCAUCGUGUGUCCGUUCGUCGGCGGCGACGUCGAGGAGGGCGCGUACUACUCGUUCACGAAAGAGAGGCCGCAGGGCGUCCUCAUGGCGAGCGAGACGUGGGACGGCGUCAGCGUGUACAUCGUGAAGACACCGUACGGCGGCGGGACCGUGAGGCUGGCGAAGAAGGCCGCGGACUCGGCUCCGACGACGAGCCUGUUCGGCAAGAUGAAGGAAACGGUCAUGGGGGCGGCGAAGGAAGCCGCCCCGGCGGCGCCGCCCGCGCCGCCGCCUCCGCCGCCCGCGUCGGAACCCGUCGCCCCCGCGGCGGUCGCGAUCACCUCGAAGCCCCCGGCGGUCGUGCGCGAUCGCGGGGGUAAGAGCGGCGUAUCCGUGUUCGAGCGCGGCGUCGGCGUCUCGUCGUGGGACGGAUUCGAAAUCGGGUACGAGCUCGACUUGGUGGUAGAGGUGCCCGUCCCCGCGACCGAGACGGCGGCGGCGGCGGUCGCGGAAGCUCCCGCGCACGCGGCGUCGAACAUCCUCUCGCGACCGACCACGGACCAAGCGACGAAGAGCGGCGCGGCCGUGUUUGGCAACGGCGUCGGCAUCGUGAGCUGGACCCCGGGAUCGCUCGACGCGCCGGAGAUGCCGGUGGCGUCUGAAGCCGCCGUCGCCGCCGCCGUCGCCGCCGUGGAAACAGCGGCGAGCACGAACGGAAGGCUCGCGUCCGUGGACGACAUCGCCAUCGCCGCAGAGUUCAGGAGGAGGACAACCACGGAAGCGGCGGCGAUGGAAGCCGGCACGUUCGUGGAGAAGAAGGUCGUCGAGGAGAAGAAGGUUGUCGAGGAGAAGAAGGUCGCCGAGCCGAUCGUCGCGGCGCCCGCGCCCGAGGCUCCGAAGGCGGAGGCGCUCGACGCCGUGGACGACAAGGAGUUCAAGUUCGUCGCCACGCUCUGGGCGCUGAACGCGUGCAUCGUCGCGUACAAGCUGUUGAUCUCCCCCGCGUGAUGCCCUCGAUCGCCUACCGCAUAGCACAAGUAUAGACACACCAUGUGAAAUAAGCAAUCAACUCACUGCAGUUGACACU